ACAUUAGCAUUACUGGGAAUAAUCUGCACAAGGAAGAUACGCAAAUAUGACUUGAAUCUUUCGUCCACGGGGCUGGGAAAGAGGCCAGGGGAGGAAGAGGACCUAGGCAGCCCUGCCAUCCCUCACCCCUAAUAUAUUUUUGUUUUCUCAUUCAAAUGAUUUAUUAUUGGGAUAUAGCCUGUUUCCCCUUCUUCACAUAAUUAUUGUCUAUCCAUUGCCCUCACUUUGCGCAGGGGACAGGUACACCACCAGUUCCAGGCAAUGACCCCUGGGCGGGAGCUGAGGGGGGAACGGAGUUACCAGCUGGUGUUCACUGGCCCUGCUGGCUCUCGCCCAAGCAGGGAGUUGAGCGAGGAGCAGUGACAAUAGGCGGGGGCUGUUCAUGGGGCAGAUAAAUGGCGUGGCGUCUCCGCCCCGAGGGAAGAGGGGGCUCUAUACGAGCCCCUUCACCAGCGAAGGCCUAAGGCCGCUCCUACCCAGCCUAGGGGAAAGGGGCUGGGGAAGUAGCGAGAACGAGGCUCCUUCGUUCCGUUAUUGGCGCCUUGGCCUCUGUGCCCCCUUUGAAUUUGGCGCCCUGCCUUCCGAUUGGCUUAUUUUAGCAGCCAAUACACGCAUAAACCUUCGCUGGGUCGUGAGGCUAACCAAUCCCGGAGAGCCAUUCCUCUGGGCCGCCAACCAAUGGCAGAGCGCAGCGUCACUGUCCAGGGGGCUGGGGCUAGGGCUCCGCCGCAGACUAUAAAAAAACCCAAAACGUGCGGGGUGCAGGGUCGGUUCAAGCCAAGCGCGCUUCUCCUCGCCCUCAGACGGCGGGGUCAGCGCUGCCGCUAGCGCCUCCCCCAGUGCUGUUGGAGCCGGCGACCGAGCCGCGUGCGUCGCUCCCCUUUCCCGCCAUGUCCGGCCGCGGUAAGAGCGGCGGCAAGGCCCGCGCCAAGGCCAAAUCUCGCUCGUCCCGCGCUGGGCUGCAGUUCCCGGUGGGGCGCGUGCACCGGCUGCUGCGGCGCGGUCACUACGCGGAGCGCGUUGGCGCGGGCGCCCCGGUGUACCUGGCCGCCGUGCUCGAGUACCUGACGGCGGAGAUCCUGGAGCUGGCGGGGAACGCGGCGCGGGAUAACAAGAAGACGCGCAUUAUCCCGCGGCACCUGCAGCUCGCGGUGCGCAACGACGAAGAGCUCAACAAGCUGCUGGGCGGCGUCACCAUCGCGCAGGGCGGUGUCCUGCCCAACAUCCAGGCCGUGCUGCUGCCCAAGAAGGCGGGCGGCGGCGGCGGAACCGGGCCGGCCAAGAGCGGCAAGAAGGGCAGCAGCCAGCAAUCGCAGGAAUACUAGGGCCGGCCACGCGCCGCCGGCGGACACUCACCCUCCCCCCCACGCACACCCCAAAGUCCCUUUUCGGGGCCGCCCGAAGGAGCUGCGGAUCCGGGGCGGGGAGAGCGCGAGGCCCCCGGCGCCUUAAGCUGGGUUGAGGGAGUCGGGCUUUCCCGCACGGGAGGCGCAACAGUCACUGCCUGGGGGGGGGCGGAAGAUUUCCUUGGGCUCGAGCGGGGAAGCUGCCUGGGGUCCUCCCGCCCGGCUGCCCUUUGUACGGAUCGGGGGGAGCCCAGCCUAACGCUGCGCACGUGCCUGGGGCGGAGCAUAACUCGUGCCUUGAUAGUAAACUCCGCUGCUACCCUGAAUCCUAGUGUUUUGCCCUUGGGAUGAAGCUGCUGCGUGCAAAGUCCUAGUGGCAGAGGAAGCUGCUGGGGGGUCCUUUUUGCUCUGCAAUUUCCUAGCCCUCCGCUGAUAUCCACUUGACUCCUGCCUACCUGAGAUGCUUCAACGUUAGCAGCGCAAACUGAACCGUAACAAAGAUUCGUACGGGGGACAAGCGGUGUCUACCUUUUAUAGCUUCAAAAGUCGCCCCCUGAGCUUUGCUGGGGAAGCUUAAAAAAACUGCUCCUGGAGCCUUUAAGUAACUGUUCAUGUGGUACCGAUAGAGGACUGAAAAGAAACAUCAGAAUGCAGCUGCCUCACUGUAUACUUUCCCGGUUUUUUUUUUUUUUUAAAGGAGCCCAUGCUUGCUGUUUAAUUACCUGUUUCAAAGUGCCACUGUUUUGAAAGAUGUAUAUUUACAUAUUUUGUUUGUAAACUAAUAAGCCCUCACCCUCUUGAGUAGAAGGCAGCUUUCACUUAUCUCAGCAGUGGUGUGACUCCAUACUGAUGCGCUGUAAAAUUCUUUGUCUAAAACGUUACAACUGUUUACUAGUUUGAUUCUGCAGCGAAGCCAUACUUUGUUUGACCUGUUUCAACAGGGACAGCAGCUGCAGCCAGAAACUCAGUACAGCCACUGCAGGAUCAAACCAGAGAAAAUUCUAGGGUUAGUACAAACUUUUAGUUAAAACAGCAACCAUUUCUCUUUCAGCUAUGUUCUUUCACUCGACCACUGCUAAAUCUGCUGUAGUAGCCUUUCUAACUUCCUGUACAUCCCAGAAAAUGUAGAUAUUGUGGAAUAAAAUAUGGGGUGACCUGCUA